GCGGCCGCGCCCCCGCCGCGACACCCUCGCCCGCCCGGGGGCCCAUGAGCCGGCGGCCCCGAGGCUCCGGGCGGGCGGGCCGUGCCCCAUACGGUUCCCUGUGCGCCCCGCGUCCGUCCGUGCGCCCAGCCUGGCAUGGGCUGCGCCCCGAGCAUCCACAGCGCCGACAGCCCCGCGCCCCGCCGCGGCGGCCCCGAGGCCGAGGUGGCACCCCGAGACGCCGGGCUGGAGCCCCGCGGCCUGGAGGAGAUGGUCUGUGGUGUGCAGUUUGGUCCCAUGAAAUUUCAUCCAGACCCGCUCCAGGUGCUGCUAGUGUUUGCGAAAGAUGACGUGCAGUGCUCCAGCUUCUGCAGGGCCUGUGAGUGGCUGGGCUUCAGGCACAGCGUGGUCAAGGAGGUGCAAGCCAGCCUGGGUUGCUUUCGGGACCAUCACCACGACAUCGUCAUCAUUGACCACCGGGACCCCAAGAAACUGGACGCUGAGGCUCUAUGCAGGUCCAUUAGAACUGAGGAGCUCUCGGAAAACACUGUGAUCGUGAGCGUGGUGAGAAGAUCCAGUACGGAAGAGACGUCGGCAUUGCCCCUCAUUGCCGCUGGCUUCACCAGAAGAUUUGUGGAGGACCCGAGCCCCAUGGCCUGCUACAACGAGCUGCUGCAGCUGCAAUAUGGGGAGGUCCGGUCCCAGCUGAAGCUCAGGGCCUGCAACUCUGUGUUUGCUGCUCUGGAGAGGAGCCAGGAGGCUGUGGAGAUUACCAGCGAGGACCAUGUCAUCCAGUACGCGAACCCAGCCUUCAAGAGCACCAUGGGGUAUCAGUCAGGGGAUCUGCUGGGGAAGGAGGUGCCAGCCCAGGAGAAGGAGGGCACUUUGCUGGGCAAGGAGUGGCAGGGGACCUACAGCAUUAAGAAGAAGAACGGGGACAGUGUUCAGCGGAACAUGAAGAUCGUCCCUGUCGUGGGUCAGGGCGGAAAGAUUAGACACUAUGUGUCCAUUAUCAGAGUGUGCAAUGACAACAAUAAGGCUGAGAAACACACCGAGUGCCUGCCACUAAAAGCCCAUACAGAUCAGCUGUCUGGGGGCCACCGAGACAGGCGGAAGGCUUCUCUGGACAUCAGGACCGUGGCGUCGCGUGCCACUGAAGUUUCUGCCCAGAGACGCCAUUCGUCUAUGGCCCGCAUCCACUCCAUGACCAUAGAGGCACCCAUCACCAAGGUGAUGAACAUCCUCAGUGCGGCACAGGCCAACAGCCCGCUGCCCGUGGUGGAGGCGCUGGGCCGCGUGCUGGACAUCCUCAGGACCACUGAGCUCUACUCCCCACACUUCAUGCCCAAGGAUGACGACCCGCACGCCAAUGACCUGGUGGGGGGCCUCGUGGCGGACGGUUUACGAAGACUCUCAGGGAAUGAAUAUGUCCUGGCUGCGAAGCCCCUGCACACCGUGCCCAGUCUCAGCAUCCCGGUGUCCCUCAAGGACAUCCCUCCCAGUGUGGCCCGGGCGCUGGAGGCUGAGGACAGCUGGGACUUCAACAUCUUCCAGCUGGAGGCUGCCACCCACCACAGGCCUCUUGUCUACCUGGGCCUCAAGAUCUUCUCCCGCUUUGGCGUCUGUAAGUUCCUGAAGUGCCCAGAGGCCACACUGCGGACCUGGCUGCAGACUAUCGAGGCCCACUACCACGCCAGCAACCCCUACCACAAUUCCACGCAUGCCGCUGAUGUGCUACAGGCCACUGCCUACUUUCUCCACAAGGACAGGGUCAAGCAAACUCUCGACCGCGCAGACGAGGUGGCCGCCCUGCUCGCCGCUGCCGUCCAUGACGUGGACCACCCGGGGAGGACCAACUCAUUUCUGUGCAACGCGGGCAGCGAGCUGGCCAUCCUGUACAAUGACACGGCCGUGCUCGAGAACCACCACGCAGCCCUGGCCUUCCAGCUCACCGCUGCUGAUGCCCACAGCGACAUUUUCAGGAACGUGGACAGGAGCGAGUACCGGACUCUGAGGCAGAGCAUCAUCGACAUGGUUCUGGCCACGGAGAUGACCCGGCAUUUUGAGCACCUCAACAAGUUCGUCAACAGUAUCAACAAGCCCUUGGCAGCCUUGGAGGAUGGCGGGGGCCCCGAUGCAGAGCCGGGAGCCGUGCUGGCCAUGCUCAGGGCUCCUGAGAGCCGUGCUCUGGUCAAGCGCAUGCUGGUAAAAUGUGCCGAUGUGUCCAACCCCUGUCGGGCUCUGGAGCAGUGCGUGGAGUGGGCCGCCCGCAUCUCGGAGGAGUACUUCGCGCAGACGGAGGAGGAGAAGCAACGUGAGCUGCCGGUGGUGAUGCCCGUGUUCAACAGGCAGACGUGCAGCGUGCCCAAGUCCCAGAUCUCCUUCAUCGACUACUUUAUCACUGACAUGUUUGAUGCCUGGGACACCUUCGUGGGUCUCCCCAACCUACUGCAACACCUUGACAACAACUUCAAGUACUGGAAAGGGCUGGACGAGAAGGGUUUUCGGGGCUCCCGGCCACCCCCUGAGCCCCCCACAUAGCCGGGGCCCCACCAGGCCUCUUUCCUUCCUGGAGAGUGAGUCUGGGGAAGAAAGGGCAAGUACCCCCACCAAUGUGGGACUCCCACUUCUGCCAUGGAUCUUGGGGUACAUGGGGGCGCCCUCUCUUUCUGCCACACUAAUGCCAGUGCCUUAGCCCCGGAAAGCCCGCCCUGACACCACUCACAAAUACCAGUCAACAAGAUUAUUUAUUUUGUGAGAACAAUAUUUUCUAUGGAUCCGAGACACCUUUGAUGUCACAGGGACACCCCUCCACCCCACCCACC